CCCCACUCCCCAGAAAGAGGGUGGGGGGAGAGCGUGAGCAUGCGCUCUCCAGUCUGACAUUGGACUCCUUAGCCUACAGGGAGCAGUGCAGGCGUCAGGCAAGGGGGACUGCUCUAUGGUGCUCAGCCAGGACUGUCUGUUUCACCCUAAUACCUGGCUCUUGCUGCCUUCUCCACUGACUGACUGGAUCACUCAGAAGAUGGUGACCGAGCAGGGAGUGGUUACCUAGACUAGGGCUUUCAGGAGAAGAACACUGCCAGUGUUUCCUUAGCUUCCUCUUCAACGUGCUCAAUUUCUUUCCCUGUCUCCCUGGCUGGGCUGCCUGCUUGCCGCGGAGCUGGAUAUACUUGUGUAACAUUCCUGGAUUACAGCUACAUGUUAUUUAAAAAAAUAUAUAUAUAUUUUUUUUAAUUCUUUAUUUGGGCCCCUCCUACCCGUGGCUCCUCCACCCUUCCUUGUGGCCUUUUCCUGGGCUGCACUUUAAAGAGGAUUAAGACUCCAGCCUCCUGCCCUCUGCCGUGCUGGUGAAAGAAGCGCCUGAAUCGGAGUCUCUGGCUCUGUUUGAGGCGUCCAGCCCGCCAAGGUGUCUGGCCCUGGACCCCCAGGCUCUGACUGCAGUAGUACAUCUGUUUUCUGAUGGGAGUUUAAGUAGAGACCUAGGGAGAGCGACGGGAAAGGAUCUGCCCUGUUAUGGGCUGUUUUUGUUCCUAUGGAAAAACCGUGAUGAAGAGUUCCCUCACACUCUCCCUAUGUCGGGCAGAGCUGAUGUUCAGCCCAUGAACUCAUGGAAGGGGGUGCUCAAGCUCUUCACAUGCAUAGCUUCUAGAACAACUGCCAACAAACCUAAAGAGUUACCCAUUUUUCAAGAGAAGAAGAAAGCCUUAUUUGGGAAUCUUAUGGACGAAGAAAUGAGUCGCCAGACCGCCACAGCGCUGCCCACAGGAACCUCCAAGUGCGCCCCCUCCCAGCGCGUCCCCACCUUGUCUGGCACUACGGCCUCUAACAGCGACCUGGCCAGCCUGUUUGAGUGCCCUGUCUGCUUCGACUAUGUGCUGCCCCCCAUCCUGCAGUGCCAGAGCGGCCACCUGGUCUGCAGCAACUGCCGGCCCAAGCUCACCUGCUGCCCCACCUGCCGGGGCCCGCUGGGCUCCAUCAGGAACCUGGCCAUGGAGAAGGUGGCCAACUCUGUGCUGUUCCCCUGCAAGUAUGCGUCGUCGGGCUGUGAGGUGACGCUGCCCCACACAGACAAGGCGGAGCACGAGGAGCUGUGUGAGUUCCGGCCAUACUCCUGCCCCUGCCCAGGGGCCUCCUGUAAGUGGCAGGGCUCGUUGGACGCGGUCAUGCCCCACCUCAUGCACCAGCACAAAUCCAUCACCACGCUGCAGGGCGAGGACAUCGUGUUCCUUGCCACGGACAUUAACCUGCCUGGGGCAGUGGACUGGGUCAUGAUGCAAUCCUGCUUCGGAUUCCACUUCAUGCUGGUCCUGGAGAAGCAGGAGAAGUACGACGGUCACCAGCAGUUCUUUGCCAUUGUGCAGCUGAUCGGCACGCGGAAGCAGGCAGAAAACUUUGCCUACCGCCUGGAGCUCAACGGGCACCGGCGACGGCUCACCUGGGAGGCCACGCCCCGCUCCAUCCAUGAGGGCAUCGCCACUGCCAUUAUGAACAGCGACUGCCUAGUGUUUGACACCUCCAUCGCGCAGCUGUUCGCUGAGAACGGAAACCUGGGCAUCAACGUCACCAUAUCCAUGUGCUGAGGACUGUCAAGUGGACAGCCACUAACACACACACACACACACACACACUUUCUCUCUCACACACACAUACUCAGAGACAUUUCAGACACUACAGGACACCUGAAGUUGUACCUGGGGGGUUUGGAGGGGGGGCAAGAUCUUUCCCAGGGAACCUGUUGUCUUCGAACAAUGUGAUUUAGAACGUUCAGAUCGGUUAGAUUGAUGAAAACAAUGGAACUCUAUCCCUGGGAUUCAAUUUUAAGCUUCAUUACAAUAUUAGUUCUAUAACUAAAGUAAAGGUAUCCUUUUUUUACCUUAAUGUUAUGAGAAUAAUCCAGCAUUGCCCAUUGAACCCAGAGCACACACUUCAACAGGUGGGCUCAGUUUGCAGUGGGAAGCUGGCAGAAGGGGCUCAGGGGAUAGACACGGUGGGAGGGGUCAAUUUGAGGGAGGAUGGGGGAAUAAAAACAACUUUUUUUUGAAGAUGUUGCAUUUUUCAGCUUAGUCAAAGUGAAACUAACUUCUUUCGGUUCAUUAUUGUUUAUGGUUUUUAGUUCUCCCCCCCCCCCCCCAUUAGAUGAGAAGAGAAGGUCCUGAUAUUGUCUGCACAGACAUUGGCUGAGACGAAGCUAGUUUGUUCUCUCUGGAGUCAAACAGUUUUAGCCUAAACCACUGAAUAUCUGACCAGGAAUGGGGACAAUUUCUAUAGUUAUAUUAUUAUUCAAUGGAGAUUUAUCAUUAUCAUUUUUUUGUAAGGACUUUUAAUGAAUGAAAAAGGCUGUAACCUUGUGGCUAAUCUUCAGUGUUUGUAGAUAAAUUGUGUCGUUCUUUCGAAGACUUCAAUGUAUUUUAUUUUGUAAGUUAGAUUUUUCUCUUCGUUUUGUCAGUCCUUGUCUACAUUCUGUUUGAGGAGUGGGUGACGCAAAGCCAAACAUCUCUGGAUACGUAGAACUAUUGCUGGUCCCAUUAUUUUGUUUUAUUUUGUCAUUAAAUAAAUCUAUCUUUUUCAUACCUUG